AUGUCCACACAAAUGUCCAAUCUUGGCGGUACUGCUAAUCAUUCACCUAAUGUCUCGCAACCGAACUCCUUAAACCUGGGUGGUCCCCAAACGAGCACUCAAACCACACCGUCCAACACAGUGUCUAAUGUACGUCCGACCGUUACCAACGCGGUUGUUGGCCAACAUGCGCAAUCCGUCUUUCGGUUCCGCAAGGAGAAGGCGCAAUGGCUUUCCGUACUUGGAAUCUUGAUUGCAAUGUUGGCAUUCUCUGUUGGAGUGCCGUACGCCCUUGAUACUUUUGCUCUGGCACGAUGGACGGCAGAAAAGGAUUAUCAGCUAUACUGUCAGGGAUUGAAGUCAAGACCUGCCGCAAGACUGUUUGCAGGUGGUUGA